AUGGAUGUGGCGAGGCAAUCUACCAUUUCGUAUCAGGAGACUGAGCUGCAUCCGGUUUCAGAGAAAGGACCUAGUGAAAACAUGGAAUCCCAGAUCUCUGGCGGAGGGACAUCCGAACCACGAUCGUGCGACAAGGAGGAGUUGUGCACGGAAGAUGAACAACCUUUUUUCUUGGUUGAAUCUCGGGUUCCUCUUUGGAAUGAGCUUCGUCAGAUAAAUGAUUCCACUCCUGCGGCUAGUUACCCAUGGGCAGUCGUCGGAGACUUCAACCAAAUGAUGAGAGUAUCACACCACUCUAACCACUUGGCGAUUGACGUUGAUACAUCAGGUAUGGAGGAGUUUAACUUGGCUCUGCAAGAUGCUGAGUUAUUUGAAGCCCAAGCCAAAGGUCUUCCCUUCACCUGGAAAAAUAAUCAAGCGGAUCCUAUUUCUACUAAGAUUGACCACGCUUUUAUAAACCAUGCGUGGUCUUCAUCCUUUCCGGAGUCGUUUGCUGAGUUUUUGGAACCUCUUCAAUCCGAUCACACUCCAUGCCUGGUUAGGAUCCCAUCUCUGCAACGGCGAAACCGUAAACCGUUCAAGUUUUUCCACCAUGUGAUUGACCAUCCUUCUUUUACUGAUGUUGUUAAGGGUGCUUGGAACUGUGACUCAGUAAUAGGUUCAGAUCAAUUCAAGCUAGUCCGUGUUAUGAAAGGAUUAAAGUGA